UUGACCCAGGCCCUCCUCCACACCCCCUUCCUUCCUCGCCCCCUCCCUCUCCCCACACCGGGGCUCCGGUUCCUUAUAAAAGGCGGGAGCGCGGGGUGCCCAGCAGCGACGAGUUUCAGCACCAUGGAGAGCCCCCGCCUGCGGCUGCUGCCCCUCCUGGGCGCCGCCCUGCUGCUGCUGCUGCCGCCUCUGCUGGGCGCCCGUGCCCAGGAGGACCCCGAGCUCCAGCCCCGAGCCCUGGACGUCUACUCGGCCAUGGAGGACGCCUCGCACGAGAAGGAGCUGAUCGAAGCGCUGCAGGAAGUCCUGAAGAAGCUCAAGAGUAAACGCAUUCCGAUCUACGAGAAGAAGUACGGGCAAGUGCCCAUGUGCGAUGCUGGAGAGCAGUGUGCGGUGAGAAAAGGAGCAAGGAUCGGGAAGCUGUGCGACUGUCCCCGGGGAACCUCCUGCAAUUCCUUCCUCCUGAAGUGCUUGUGAAGGGGCGUCUAUCCUCUUCCAUACGUCUCCACUCCCCCUACGUUCCCUGAGAGGACCACACCUUCAUCCCUGAAGUUUUGGCUUUAGCAGCAAAUAAAGUUUGCAUUUCCCUCUGAGGGUGAAGGGGCUCUUUUUCCUGCUGUUUCAAAAUAAAAAAUACAUUAGAUGUGAAGGAUAAUGCCUUGUAUGGUGUUGGUGCGUGUGCAAAUUAUUCUUUUCUUAUUUGUCUGACAAACUCUUGUGUAAUUUUGUGUAAAGGGGAAUUUUGCUUUGAAAAUUGUAUUUUUGUAUGUGGCAUGGCAGAAUGAAAAUUAGAUCUAGUUAAUCGUGGUAGAUGACAUCACAACCUGGAAAAUAAAUCACCCUAAGCAACACAAACCUGAAGCAUGUAUAAAUUAUACAUAAUAAAGUGUUUUUGAUAAUUG